GGGUAGGAGGACUGCUACACAAAAAGUUGCCAUCGAGUCCCGCCCAUUGCUUCUCUGUAUAUCACCAUUAGCUUCUCUGGCUCUGGAAACUGGCAAUCGACCUCAAUAGCCAGUGAGGAUUACCCCGACCCACCACUACUUCUUUGAUUUGACACAAAGAACUUGCGAAUGAACGAGGUGUUCCCAUUGAUCCAUUCAGUUUGUUGAAAACCCUUCGGUGAUAAGUUGGGUUGUUUUGCAUUGCAUUUGCAACUUCACACAUGUGUGCGUCUGAUUUGGAUUGGAUUAGUUUUUGACUUUGAACUUUAAAAGGAUCAAUGCGAUAAGGCGGUGAAUCAGAAGUUUUGAGAUAUUGUUGCCCGUGAUCUCUGUUGCUUCAUUUUUCCACUCUUGUUCCCAUUCCCGUACCAUCGUGAUUUCAUUCCGUGACGAUUCAUCAUGAGUUCCACUCCGCCGGAAAACGUAUUCUCAGAUUCAUGGGUGGAUCUGUCUGGCCAGUUUUCACAAUCCCAUACCCCGAAUCGGGUCACGCCCAUUCCAUUUGGCGGAGAGCAAGACUACUUGCGGAUGCUCCGAGAAGCUCAACGCGAGUCCAAGCAGAAUUCCAACAAAGUAUCUCCCAUUUCAUCGGCUCUCAUGUCCCUUUCCUCCACCACUAGGAAUACACCAAGCGCCUCACCAAAAUCCCCACCCAAUAGUCCGAAUCCUGAGCUGGCCACGUUCGCCGAGGACCUCAAAGGCGUCUAUGUCAACCGUCUGUCAGAACCUGUCAGUCCCGUGGGUGCCGUGGGUCAGCCCGUGACCCCAUCGGAAAUGUUAUGGGAUUGGACCUCAAGGCCCACUGCACAACCUAGAGAUUGGAAACUAGCUCCCAACAUUCGGAGCCGUAAAUCCUCGUCCUCGUUCACGAGUUCUGGGGCCCACAGUUCGUCGGCCGCAACCAGGGAUGCCAAUGGAAAGAAAACGACCUACUCCAAAGGCGUCAUUUAUACCCUUAUUAUCACGAACAUAAUCUCCAUGAUUAUCGGAGCCGGUAUCGGAAUGUGGAUCAGUAAACGAGGAGGAAACCACGGAUUCAUCGAAAUUGCCGUUUGAGAGAUACCUCCCUUCCCUCAGAUAGAGUGGGUUAUGAGUAGAAUGAAUUGAUUGAUUUUACGACUGAUUUGACUAACGAACUGACCAAUUGUACGACAAGUGGAACUCGAGAGAGCGUUUGAGUGAAUGUGACCCAUCAUAACCAUGACAACACUCGUUUCCUUCAAAUGGGUCAUCAUUUCAAUGUCCUUCUUCCCUAUGCCGAAAGGAAUACGAAAACAAGGAGCCCUUGUAAAUUUGCAAGAAAACGAUUAUCUUCAUGUCUAGGCCCUCGAAAGGAGACACAUGGGUUUUUGUCGCAUCGAAGUCCGUUUUCACUCCUUUUUUAUUGAAUGUUUGUACAUCUUUCUUACCGGCACCAAUGAUCAGGUCCAACAAAUACGUCUUAAAACAUGUUUCUCUCUCUUUCUCUUUGUAUAUGUGAUUGUGCCAGUUUAUCAUCAUCUUUUGAAUUUUCAAUCUGGCUUUUCUCAGCUCUCUUUCAUUAGGCUAUAAUCUUAACCCUCUUCUACAAUCAUUAAUUGCAAUUUUUCUCCGUCUUUGUGCGUGUUUGUAGCAACAAAUGGCAUUAAAGUCUAACUGUUUCCAUGUCUUCUUUCGUUCAAGAAUCGUGGAAUGUAACUAGCUGUGACAGCAGGGAAAAAAAGAGAACCUACCAUAAGAAAUACACGACGUGAAUCCAAAAAGUCAA